AUGCCUGCCGGCCCAAAGAAGAACAGCGAGCUUCACCGAGUCACCUGCCAGUGUCAAGCAUUUGAUUGCUAUCUGGGACAAUAUCUAGAUGCUUAUGGAGUCCCACAAAAAGGGGUCGAGGUCUUACCUGACACCCUCAAAACGCAUACACUUGCUGACCAAAGGAACAAAGCACUUCGAACUUUGGCUUCUCAAAGACCUUUGCUUUUGCCGGAUCAGAACCAGCCAUCUGCAGACAAUCUGCUUCAACCUUUACAAAACCUAUAUUUGAACCAAGGCACAUCCUGUAUCAACUCACCUCUUACUGGACUGACCAAUGAAGGCUCCCAAAAUUCAUACUCAAACACAGGGGAGGAUAUUGUAGAACUUUCCUCCAACAACAAUUUGUCUAAGUCUUCAAGAAGAUGUCCGUCGGCGAUUUCAGCAAGAAAUGAUGGUGUCAAGGUGUACGAUUGUGGUAGGUUUUGUACAUUCAUUGAAUAA